AUGGCCAUGACAGAUCCUCCAGCAAAGGCACCACCACCUGCCUCGUCUGGCUCUUUCUCUCGGCCUGCCCCCGAAUCGACGGGAUCCAUGACUCCGCGUUCCCAGCCGUCCCCGAGUCGUUCAGAGUUGAGAUCUAGAAAGUUGGUGUCAGCGCAGAGUUUGUCGGAACCGGCUCCUUUGGUUCCGAGAGUCUCUCGGAGCCGACCUCCUUCAACUUCAUCUGUCGCUCCGGCUUUGCCGGACCAUGCUUCUCUGAGUCGGACGCCCUCGGUUCUGAAAGCAACCCCACCUUCUUCUCAGGAGGCAACUUUGUCGGAUCCGAAGACUUCGGAUCCGUCUUCGACUUCUAAGGUAGCGACCGAGCUGGAAAAGAAGAAGAAGAAGCAGAAACAUUCAGUGAAGCAUGAUAAAGUCUCAUUGGAGAGCCUGAUCUCGGCUCCCUCAUUGGUUCCGACGGAGGCGGUUGGUUCCAAUCCGCCAGAUAAGUGA